AUGCACAGGACACUGAUCACUGCCGCGUAUGGUGCUUUUGCCGUGGGUCCAAUCGGCCAUGUGUGGUAUCACAAGCUCGACUCCAUCGCGACGCGGUUUCAUUCCCCCGGCUCCCUCCGCUUCGUACUGUUGGAUACUGUCAUUUUCUCCCCGCUCCACAUUCUGGGCUACUUUGGCGUCAUGAACGUGGGCGAGCGAGGCAGCUGGGCCGACUUCAGCAGGAAGGUGGAGGUGGACUUCGUGCCCACCCUAGCCGCUGAGCUGGCGGUCUGGCCCGCCAUCCAGGCGGCCAACUUCAAGUUCAUCCGCGUGGACUACCAGCUGCUGGCCGUGAACCUGCUCACAAUAUUUGACAGUGCAUUCAUGUCCUGGUGCCGAGCCACCGAGGACUGGAUGUCCGUUCUCUUCCCGGGGCUGAAGAGUCCAGCACCAGCUCGCCCCGUGGUGGCCGGCUCGGGGCAGAGCAGCAGCGUUGUGGAUGGGCCGCAGAAAUAA